AUGGCGAACUGUGAGUGUGUCAUUUUUAAAAUGACCAAUGUGGUGUGUGGCAGUUACAAUAAAUCUUGGGUGCGGAUCAAUCAGUGUCGCUUAAAGGCGAUAAGUCGCCACAGAAUAGAGUUAAACUUUAAUGCAACCUUUAUCCAUCCGACCAACGAUGUCGUGGUAAGAUAUCAGCUCUUCAGGAGGGAGAAUGGCUAUAAGCCAUGGUUCGUCAAUAUGCAUUUGGAUGGUUGUCGGUUCUUGAGGAAUCCAUAUGAUCCCAUCGGAAUAAUGAUUUAUAAUUUUUACAAAGACUUUUCAAACGUCAAUCACACUUGCCCGUUUUAUGGUGAAAUUAUUGUUAAAAACAUGUAUUUGGAGACUAAACGGUUGGGACGAUUUCCAUUGCCCACCGGCGACUAUUUAUUGGCAAUGACAUGGAAAUUCUUUAAGAAAGCACAGUUUGCGACUAACGUUAGUUUCCAAUAUGUAGAGAAUUUGAUGUGA